AUGGCCAAUGUCUUCAAAAAACUAUCAGAUUCGGACAGAAAUCCCACCGCCACAUUAUAUUUCGGCAAUAUCGACCCCCAAGUCACCGAAUUAUUAAUGUAUGAAUUAUUCAUCCAAUUCGGACCAGUACGAUCAAUCAAUGUGCCCAAAGAUCGAAUAUUAAAAACACAUCAAGGGUAUGGAUUUGUUGAAUUUAGGAGUUCUUUGGAUGCUGGAUAUACGUUAGAUAUUUUGCGUGGGGUACGAUUGUUUGGAAAAUUGUUAAAAUUGAAAAAGAUUGAUCAGGGAACAGGGGGUGUGGGACAACAGGGAACUGGACCGAUGAAGAAGAUUGGACAAAUGAAUGUUGUUGGACAGGGACAAGAUUUAUUAAACCCCAAUUAUAUAGAUGUUGGAGCUAAAUUAUUCAUAAAUAAUUUAUCACCAUUAGUUGAUGAAAAGUUUCUAUUUGAAACAUUUGGGAAAUUUGGUAAUUUGAUAAGAUAUCCAAUAAUCCGGAGAGAUAUUGAAACAGGUCAAUCUAUGGGAUAUGGAUUUUUAACGUAUGAUGAUUUUACCACUAGUGAUUUGGUGAUUGAAAAAAUGAAUAAUACGAUAUUGAUGAAUAAUAAAAUAAGUAUAAGUUAUGCAUUUAAAGAAGAUACUACAAGUGGUCAAAAGAAAGCAAGAACAAGACAUGGUGAUAAGGUGGAAAGAUUAUUGGCUGAAAGUGCAAAGGCUAAUAAUUUGUUAAUUACCAAGAAAUUGAAAACGAAGAAGAAACAAAAAGUAACUAAACCUCAACAUCAUCGAAAAAGCGGAUAA